AUGGUUUUAUUUGAUAAAGUGCCAAUUCAAGAAUAUUUUACUAAUUUAUUCAAUUAUGACGUUGAAUAUGAGGAAACGAAUCCAAACUAUCGAUGUCUUCGAGGAGCUUUUCACGUUGUUAAUGUCAUGAAAUUCUUCAUGGUUCUGGAGUUUAUCACUAUUUUCAUUUACGUCUUGACAGCUUUUCCAUACUUCCUUUUAUGGAUAGGUUUCCACUUACUAUAUAUUUUCGUGACCUUGUACGGUUUAAAAAAGGAACGACAUCGUUUUCUAUGGCCAGCUGUUAUACUGGCAGGCAUUAUUUUCCUCUUAUGGAGUAUAGUCGCUGUCAUAAAGUUCUUAAUAGGAAUGUUCAACACGGACUAUUUCUUAAAACUAUACGGUCAAGGUCAUCAUGAAGACUUCUGGACUCGUAUGCUCAUCGUUUUGAUUAUAAAAGCUGUUGUCUUGUUGACUGGUGCUAUCAUAUUCUGGAGAGUUUCUGUUUUCCAUACAACCAGAAAAUAUUUUGAGGCUAAAGCUGACGGAGAAAUUGUUGUCACGAAUCCCGAUGAGGCGACUGGUCUCGAUAAAUUAAUGCAACCUGUCUAA